UUUAGGUAAGUUGCUGCCCACGCUUAUUUAUCCUGCCUACCUAUGGUCUAUAACAUAUAAAUUUGACGUUUUUGGGUUUAUGUUCGAAAAUUUUGAAGAAAAUAUUCAGCUUCAAAAAUCUCAAGUCCGAGUCUGACUCUGAGGUCUCUAGCCUCAAGCACACUACGCGACCCCAUUUCUCUGUUUGCCUCUCGUCCUCCCGCUGUGCACCGACGCCAGUACCCCACACCCAACCCAUUGAGCCAAACUGCCGCUGUCUUCACUGUUCGCCGGUGCUAGCCACCGUUGCCCGCGUGCCGUCAACCCAGCAAUUCUCAGAGAUCUGCUAAAGUUGGGGUGGUUCAUGCUGUGAUGAACUGCUUGUUGCAUGCAUGCUCUACGGUUUUGUUGUCAAGGGCUGGUUGUCUUGUUGCAAGGAGUUCUUUGCGCGGUGGUUCUACUUCAUGGAACAGAAGCUGUGAGCAUGCUGGCAUUAGAGCAAUUAAUUUAGAGUCUUUGUCGACGAGAUUUCAUGUUCAUUGUUACUCCUCUAAAAAGAGCAGCAAAAGCACAUCUCGGUCUCGAAAAUCAGAUCCUAAGCCAGUGAUUAAAGAUGAGAAAGCUGAAUUCUUUGUUGUGCGCAAGGGGGAUGUUGUUGGUGUUUACAAGAGCUUAAGUGAUUGCCAAGCACAAGUUGGUUCUUCUAUUUGUGAUCCUCCUGUCAGUGUGUACAAAGGACAUUCUUUGCCUAAGGAAACAGAGGAAUAUCUUUUGUCUCGUGGGCUUAAGAAUGCUGUCUAUUCCAUCAGAGCUGCAGACUUGGAAGAGGAUCUUUUUGGUAUGCUGAUGCCCUGCCCCUUUCAGCAACCCUCUCUUAAAGAUGAAAUAUCCAAAGAUCCUCUGACAACAAAAUCGCAGGAGGUGCUUGGAUCAGAAAUCAUGGAAGCAGUUGAAUCAAAUUCUAUUUUAAUUGAUCCUGUGAGAACGUGUGCUGAAUUAGGUGACCCUGCUGACACGCAAUCAGUAUUCACCGAUAGUCAUUCCUGUAUUCUUGAGUUUGAUGGUGCCUCUAAAGGUAAUCCUGGACAAGCUGGUGCAGGAGCUAUUCUGCGUUCUGUCAAUGGAAGUUUGAUCUGUAGAUUGCGUGAAGGUUUGGGCAAAGCAACUUGUAAUGCUGCUGAAUAUCGUGCCAUGAUUUUAGGUCUGAAAUAUGCUCUUAAAAAAGGGUAUACACAUAUUCGUGUUCAAGGUGACUCCAAACUCGUUUGUAUGCAGGUUCAAGGUCAAUGGAAAGUAAAAAACCAGAACAUGUCUAAAUUGUAUGCAGCAACAAAAGAGCUGAAAAAUGAGUUUCUUUCAUUUCAGAUCAGUCAUGUUCUAAGGAACUUAAACUCUGAAGCUGAUGCACAAGCAAACUUGGCAGUCAAUCUUGCUGAUGGUCAAGUCCAGGAGGAGUUUGAGGAUUAAGCAGCUGAAUAAGUGUUGGAUUUGUGAAGGAAAAUUCAGCUGGUACAAUCACGGAAAAUUUGCAUUGUUCUCAAGAAGUUUUGGCCAUUCAGGCUGGUGAUUUUCUUAUCAAAGGAUUAAAUUCCCCAAAGAGCAUAUGGUUUGAAGGUUGGCAGGCAUGUUUAAUUGGUUGGCAGGCAUCGAAUCCGCGGCAAGUCUUGGUUCCAGUUCUUUGGUGUUGCUAUUGAGGAAGGAGAGUAUAGUUUUGGUUUUAGCUCAUUUUAUUUCUUGUGUGUGUGUUUGUGGGGCAUGAGUGAAAUUUUAUUCAAUAAUUUUUUUUAAUUUAUUUGUAAUGGCAAAUUAUUGUCUUACUUCAAGGACUGUUAUUUUCACCUGUCCCUGUUGGGGUAAGCAACAAACAAGGUUUUGGAACCCAAAGCAAAAUCAAGAAACGAUAAUCUAAUUUGGAUGAAAAAAAAAAAAAAAAACCUACUUAUCAUUUUA